UAAAAUGAUUGUACAUCCAAGAAAUGUCAGUUAAAACCGUUGGAAAUUGUUGUAUCACAGUACGGGUCUAUGGAGUAUGGUAUGCUCGCAAGCGCGGGAGUGCCCCUCCCCUUCAUGAAUGAUUUAUUCGGCAUUUGCCGCCCUUCUUUGCAACCUCUGCUAUCAGACUGCAUCACCCCCUUACGCCUUCUGCGUUGCCUUCGCUUCCGAUAAUUUGAAGAGAAAUUAAGACCCCAACGGACCGGAGAUGGCCAGGAAAGAAGAUUCGGUUGCCCUGCUAAAGCUGCUCAAACUAGGAGAGGACGAAGGCAAGUCGUUUGAAUCGAUUGUCGAAGAAGAGUUCAGAUCAGAAUUCAAACCCAUUCGUUAUAACGAAGUAUGUUAUACUCUCGCUUCAAUCCUUGAGGGCAAAGUACUUAAUCCCUCCAAGCGGUUGGUUGCCUUUGCAAUUAUUCAUCAAGCAUUUUCUUCCCCAAAGUUAUCUUCAAAUCCCUUCCUGCCGUUUCUUAUCAAUGCCGCGUGUGAUCAGAAGGCUGAUAAAUGUGAAAGGGCUUUUAUUCUUCAUUUGCUGGAAUGCGCAACUAUAAAGGAGAAAUCAUACCUGCAAGCUGCUACAUCAUCUUUAACAACAUAUGUUUUAAAGAAGUCUUUUCAAGAAUUUAUGAAAAGUUGUGAUCCGUCAAAAUAUGAUUUUCCAACAAUUGAAGGUUUGCAAAAAAAGCUUAAGGUUAAUGAUUCACCAGAACGGUCAAAAAAAAACUCCUGUGUGCGAAACGCAAAAGAAACUGUAUCCCUGUUCAAUACAAAGCAUGUGAGAAACGCAAUUCCAGACCCUGAUGUGCCUCUUGGCUGUGAUAGCAAUUCAGCAAAGUUUGAUUCGGAACCUAAAAUUGGAUGCGGGGAUGUUGACGAAGCAAUAAUUGGAUUAAUAUCAAAUAUGUCUCUAAAAUGGUUAAAGCCUCAAUGGAUAAGGCCUUUCCCUCCUAGGCUUCCAUUACUUGAUAGCGAUCUAGUGUGGUUAAAUCUUGACGAUAAAGAUCAUCAUCUUCUUUGGGAUCAUGGAAUGUGUGGUUUGGAGUUACUUACAAAAGCUUUUAAGAGCCCGCUUAAUCCUUCUGAGGAAAAGCAAAUUCUGAUGGACUUGGAGACUAUCCCAAUGCUUGUCUAUCAUUGUGGGCUGACACCAAUAACAUUGGUGGAGCUUGUAGAGAAAAAUCCUUCAAUUGCAGUUGAAGCUCUUGUAAAGUUGGUGAAUUCCCCUGUGAUCGCCAACUACUUUACUGCUCUUGUUGACAACGAAAUGAGUCCACACUCGAUGAAAGUAGUUUACAACCUCACACAAGAUGACAAUGUCAAACUGCCGACUGAAUUCAUACGUUCGUGCAUCACUAAGAGCAUCUCAUCGUGUAAGAACAUCAAGGAUGACGAGUCCAGUCAGAAGAGACGGGCAAGGCUUGUCUGUGUCUUCAUUCAGAACUUGAUCGAGAAGGACAAUUCUAUUGUUGGUAGAGAACUCUUGAAUGAAGUCCGAUCAUUUUGUAUGCAGUUCUCAGGGACUAUUGAGGCUGAUAAGCUCUUGCGGUUGCUUGGAACAUUGCGGAAUAAUAAUAAUAAUGAUGAUGAUAAUCCUGCAUGAGAGACCACAGUUCCAGAUGCACAAGGAUGAAGAUCGGAGCCAAGCAAUUCCAGAUGUGGAGCAAUUCCAGAUGCUGGUCGGACUCCCCUAAAUGAGCGGCGAACAACCACAAGUGAACAACAUCCAACCACAAGUGAACAACAUCCAGGCUGGAUGACAAUAAUGUCAUUAAGAUGACAGUCCAACUGUAAGAUGACACUUGAGUGGGAGUCAUAUCAUAUCGAAAUCAGAUAUGAGAUAUACAGUGGUUGGAACAGUGGAUGUAGUGGCGGCGCUAGAGGUCACACUGUUCACGUAGAUGAGGCACGGUGUGGUGGCAGCGGCUGGCAAAAAAGCUAGAUAAGGUGAAAGAUGGAGUAGCUGGUGGAGCCUAAGGUGGGGACAACGUUGACGCCGGUGCAGGCGGCGGCAGAGCCAACGCCGACGGUGGUGGUGGCGCCAACACCGAUGGUGGCGGCGCCAACGCCGGUGGUGGCGGUGGAGGUGGCACAACUAGAGAUGGCAGUCGUGACUCACCAGAUCCGGUGACGUUUGAAUGCUUGAUGUCAUCCACGCAAUGCACUUUUGUUGAAUUUCGUUUUAUUAUUACUCCG